ACACGAUGAGCGAGUCAGACUCAAGUGAAUAUGAAGGUCUCCCAGAAGAUUAUGAUAUUACUCAGGGAAACAUGAUUAAGAUGGCAAAGCAGUUUAAGGAAAAUCAACAGGAAGAAGAACUUGCUGGAGAGCUUGACUCUUUAGUCUAUAGAAGCAAGAAAGUUACUAGUCAAGACUUGUCUAAGAACGAAAAACUAAGAGGCAAUGUUCAAGAAGAAUCCGAUGAUGGCUUUGAAGUUGUUGAAGAAAGCAGUGACGGUGAAAAAGACCCAAAAGAAGCCUCUAAAGAACAAGAAAGUGAUGAUCAAGAAAGCUAUGACCAAGAAGAGGAAAAUAGUGCCCAAGGCUACGGCAAAAACUACGAUAAUCAGGAAAGUGAUGAAGAUGCAGCAAUGAUCGACAAACUUGAGAAAUUAGAGAAGCAAGAUAAUAAUUAUAAGGGCAAAGUCAUGCUUCAGAAUAAAGAGGAUUUACAGAAAGCGAGCCAAGUGAAAGAACAAAGGAAAGUACAAGAGGCUAUUGUUUCACAGAGGAUGAUAAUUCAGAAAAUUCUCACAAAAACUAAUCAGUUCCCACAAUCUGAUGUAUUUAAGCAAUUUGAAGAGGACAAAGCUGAAGAACUCAAUACUUUGAAGUCUAACCUCAAAAAGAACAUUUGUACACUCAAUGAGAUCAGUAUGAUGCUUGGCAAGAGAAUGAAUGUGAAUCUCUCUCCAAUCUCAACAGAUGAUGAAGAUAUCCUACCAAAAGUUGACAAAAACUACGAGAGACUACUUCCAACUUGUGAAGAGCUUGUUCAAAAGUGGCAUAGUAGAACACAGGUUAACACGAAUGUUCUAAACCAGAAGUUGGCAAAGAGAAAUGUAUCAUUGAGUGCUCUGCAGCAGCCGAUCCUGACUCAAGUUUAUAAAACCCUGGAAAAUAAGCAGUUUAUUGAGACAAGGACACAUCAAAAGCGUGAUGUCUACCGUGUACUCGGUAAGCCAGUGGAGUCUCUUGAAGAGAAACUUGAUUUUCAGAUAUAUGAUGACAAGGACUUCUAUCAGUCCCUGAUGAGAGAUUUACUCAACUCCUCUUCUGGCUCAAUAGAGCCUGAAAAGUUGGCAGAUGACCACAACAUCAGCAUGUCUCUUACCCAGGAAUACCUGCGUAAGAGAGACAAGAUGAGGAAGCUAAUGUCAAAGAAGACCAAGAAGAGUAACAAAAUUUCGAAAGACAAGAAAUUGAAGUAUAUCAUUCAUGACAAGUUGAUAAACUUCAUGGCUCCUUAUGACACAGAGGUUCUACACAAUGGUCGCGAAGAUAUCCUCAAGAUCCUGUUCGGUUGCACAGUAGAGGAAGGAGAAAAGGAGGAAGAAGAGCUUGAUAUUGGAAUUAUUUAAGCAGAAUUUGCAAAA